CUGUCAUAGCAUCCGUCAUUAUGUCACCAUAAUUAUAUUUUGGACAUUUUUUUAUAAAAAAUACAUUAACAGCCGUUACCAUGUUGAGCCGGAGACAUAAAUAGGAAAACGCAAUAACAAGCCCGAAGUCACCAUUCUCGUGUGCCCAAUUAUGUCCACAGUGUCCAAUAUCCUGAGGUUGCUUUCAGUUCGCAAUGUGAUCAGGAAGAAUUCUUCCACCCCUGGUUGUUUCAGCCGACCUGUCAGAAGGACCUACGCAGACUCGUCAGAAACAGAUUCAAAAUCUAAGCAAAUCGUGGCCCAGGGCACCGAGAAUGAGGAGCGUGUGCGCGUGCGGCGCGCGCGCGUCAGCGACGUGCCGCGCGUGCUGCGCUUCGUGCGCGAGAACGUGCGCGUGGCCUGGCCCGCGCUCGUCGCGCCGCCCGCCGCCUCGCACAUCGUGCUGGUCGACUACGUCACCAGGGCACUUGCUCAAGGCCACUCCAUGCUAGCGGAGCAGCAGGAGACGCGCGGCUGGUCGCAGAUCCGCGGGCUGGCGCUGAGCACGGCGCUGUGCCCGUGGGACGCCGCCAUGCUGGAGCGCUGGGCGCGCUGCGUCAAGUGCCGCCGCUCGCGCAAGCUCAUGAACUUCACAGCACACUGCCUCCGCGCGCCUGCGCUGCACGACAAGUAUAGGGUCCAUAACAUACUGCAAGUUGUCCUCAUCGUUCCUCCUGAAACACCAAAAACUUCUGAGAUCAUCAACGUUCUCGCCAAGAAUGCCAUCCAGAGAGGUCGAGAGGUUGGCUUCCCGCUCAUCAGAUUUGAUGUAUCAAACGACCUUGUUGCCAAAUCACUGGAAGAAUUAAAUCUGAAGAAGGAGUGGCAUCUGUCCUAUGAAAUAGUUCCACAUGCAAUGAAAGAAAGAGACUUCCCAGCUGUUCCAGAAAACAAAUCAGAAACACAAGCGCCUCAAACGUCAAAUUCACCAAAAGAAUCGCGAAACGAAACCAAAAACAAACGCUUCAAUGGAAACUACAUAGCUGUUUAUACUGCCUUUUCUGACUCGGCUAAAAAAAAUACCCUACCAUCAGGAUGAAAAAAAUUAAUCCAUUCGAAUCUUUGAAAACAUAAUAUCUACUGAACCACGCACCUUUUAUAAUUUGACGACCUAGUGACGGUUGCUAAUAAAAUAAAUAAU